CGCACGUCUCAGCCAAUCAGCAUGCAGCUUUGUGUCGCUGCCUGAGCGUAUCUCCAGCAGUCACAUGACCGAUAGAUUUUUUUUUGAGCUGCAGUGUAAUUGCUAACAGCUCAGUUAUUAAUCAUCAUGCCAACCACUCAGCAGUCACCCCAGGAUGAGCAGGAGAAGCUGCUGGAUGAAGCAGUUCAGGCUGUAAAAGUGCAGUCCUUCCAAAUGAAACGUUGCCUAGACAAGAAUAAGUUGAUGGAUGCACUGAAACAUGCGUCUAACAUGCUGGGCGAGCUCAGGACCUCCAUGCUGUCUCCUAAAAGCUACUAUGAACUCUAUAUGGCCAUAUCAGAUGAACUACACUACCUGGAGGUUUACCUGACUGACGAGUUUGCUAAAGGCCGUAAGGUGGCCGACCUGUAUGAACUUGUACAGUAUGCCGGGAACAUCAUCCCCAGACUGUACUUGCUGAUAACAGUGGGAGUGGUAUACGUGCGCUCGUUCCCUCAGUCACGCAAGGACAUUUUGAAGGACCUGGUGGAGAUGUGUCGUGGUGUUCAGCAUCCUCUGAGAGGUCUGUUCCUGAGGAACUACCUGCUCCAGUGCACACGCAAUAUCCUACCUGAUGACGGAGAACAGGCUGAGGAAGAGAUGACCGGCGACAUCAAUGACUCCAUCGAUUUUGUCCUGCUGAACUUUGCUGAGAUGAAUAAGCUGUGGGUGAGAAUGCAGCACCAGGGCCACAGUCGCGACCGCGAGAAGCGGGAGAAGGAGAGGCAGGAGUUGCGCAUCCUCGUCGGCACCAACCUCGUCCGACUCAGCCAGCUCGAGGGCGUCAACGUAGACAAAUACAAACAGGUUGUUCUGUCAGGAGUCCUGGAGCAGGUGGUGAACUGCAGAGAUUCUCUGGCCCAGGAGUACCUCAUGGAGUGCAUUAUACAGGUCUUCCCAGACGAGUUCCACCUCCAGACCCUGAACCCGUUUCUAAGAGCAUGUGCUGAACUCCACCAACAUGUCAAUGUCAAGAACAUCAUCAUAGCGCUUAUUGACAGGUUGGCUCUGUUUGCUCACAGAGAAGAUGGACCUGGAAUCCCUGCUGAAAUCAAACUCUUUGAUAUUUUCUCACAGCAAGUGGCCACAGUCAUCCAGUCUCGGCAGGACAUGCCAUCGGAGGACGUUGUGUCUCUGCAGGUGUCCCUCAUUAACCUGGCUAUGAAGUGCUACCCUGAACGCGUUGACUACGUUGACAAAGUUCUUGAGAGCACCGUGGAAAUUUUCAACAAGCUCAACCUGGAACACAUUGCGACGAGCAGCGCCGUCUCGAAGGAGCUCACCAGACUGCUGAAGAUUCCCGUGGACACCUACAACAACAUCCUGACGGUCCUGCAGCUCAAACACUUCCCGCCACUCUUUGAGUACUUUGAUUACGAGUCCCGCAAGAGCAUGAGCUGCUACGUGCUUAGCAACACGCUGGACUACAACACCACUAUCCUGGCCCAGGAGCAGGUGGAUGCGAUCCUGAAUCUGGUGUCAACACUGAUCCAGGAUCAGCCAGAUCAGCCUGCAGAGGAUCCUGACCCAGAGGACUUUGCAGAGGAGCAGAGUUUAGUGGGCCGCUUUAUCCACCUGCUGCAUUCCGACGAUCCGGAUCAACAGUACCUGAUUUUAAACACAGCCAGGAAGCACUUCGGAGCCGGGGGUAAUCAGAGGAUCCGCUACACGCUGCCCCCGCUGGUGUUCGCUGCCUAUCAGCUGGCCUUCCUCUACAAAGACAAUGCCUCCUCAGAUGAUAAGUGGGAGAAGAAGUGCCAGAAGAUCUUCUCUUUCGCCCAUCAGACCAUCAGCGCCCUGAUAAAGGCUGAGCUGGCCGAGCUGCCACUGCGUCUGUUCCUGCAGGGGGCGCUCGCCGCAGGAGAGAUUGGCUUUGAGAAUCACGAGACCGUUGCCUACGAGUUCAUGUCACAGGCGUUCUCUCUUUAUGAGGAUGAAAUCAGUGACUCUAAGGCCCAGCUUGCAGCCAUCACACUGAUCAUUGGCACGUUUGAGCGCAUGCGCUGUUUCAGUGAGGAGAACCACGAGCCUCUGAGAACUCAGUGCGCUCUCGCAGCCUCCAAACUGCUAAAGAAACCUGACCAGUGCCGCGCCGUCAGCAUCUGCGCUCACCUCUUCUGGUCUGGACGCAACACCGACAAGAAUGGAGAUGAGAUCCGUGAUGGGAAGCGUGUGAUGGAAUGCUUGAAGAAGGCUUUGAAGAUCGCCAAUCAGUGUAUGGACCCGUCUCUGCAAGUGCAACUCUUCAUCGAGAUCCUCAACCGCUAUGUGUGCUUCUACGAGCGGGAGAACGAUGCGGUGACUGUUCAGGUCCUGAAUCAGCUCAUCCAGAAGAUCCGCGAGGACCUGCCUAACCUGGAGGCGAGCGAGGAGACGGAACAGAUCAACAAACAUUUCCACAACACACUGGAGCACCUGCGCCUGCAAAGGGAGUCGCCAGAGUCAGAGGGCCCCGCCUAUGAGGGGCUGGUGCUGUAGAGGCCACGCCUCCUUUACUUAACACACAUACCUACAUUUGUCUGUGUACACACCCCUAUAGACACACAGAGAGAGAUUUUGUGUGUUUUCACACUUGAGCUUCUGCUCCAGUUAAUAGAAAAACCAACCCAGCCCGCCAUCUUUCCAUUUUUUUCUUUCUCCUUUUGUUCUUAAUGUUUUGUUUUCUUUCUAUAAGUAAAAUAAGUCUAACAUUUCUUUGCUUUCUCCUUUUUUUCUGUUUUCAUCCUUUUUCCUCUUUCUGUCUUUUUGUAAUACCGUUCUAGUAUUUUUUCACUCUUUAUUGUUGCUAUUUCUCGGUUAGCCCGAAGUUGAUGUGUGGCUCUGUGUGGAGGUUCAUUAUGAUGUGCCGCGUAUCCUUACGCUUAAAACGAAUCUGUGCUGCCGUUUGUUCUCCAUUUUUCCUGCCAUCAAUUUGUGUGUCCUUUUCAUUGUUUGCCUUUUUCGACCUCCCUGCUAUUCCAGGCUGUUUAUUUCUGUGGCGGUGUUGUAAGUGUAUGCUGGAGUGAAAUGUGAAAAGAUAAAAUGGUGUGUGUUUGUCACAUGCUGGUGCGUUGGCUUUCCUACAGAGUGGACGCAGAUGUGAAUGUCUCUACCAAUUUCCUCAGCCUCCAGCUCUGUGUAUCCUGUUCCCUUAUAUUUUUUUUAAACUCAUGAUUUCCCUCUGUUUUCUUGGUGUAUAAUGUGUCUAUAAUCAAACUGUAAAUCAGCUAAAAACAGAAUAUCAUUGAUUUCAUGACAUUUGCUCAAAUAAACAAAAUAUUAACCCUG